CAAGUUACCGCCUUGACUAAAAUUCAAAAAUGACAAUUUUGUUUGCUUAUACAUAUUUAUACAUAUAUCUUUAAAUUUUAUCGCAAAUCACAAAACAUGUACAGCAGUACGUCGAACCCAGACGUACUCUAUAAGCUCAUUAGGAAGCUUUGGUUGUCAAGUUGUCAACGCCAUCCAUUUUAUCUCCAUCAGAGAUUUUUUAUUUAUUAUUUACGUAUUAAAAUCCAAUUAAGAAUGUUUAGCUUGUAUUCCAAUUAGGGUAUCCAAAUCUGGAUUAUAUUAGGCUUGCAUAGAACAAUAAUAUUUAGUGCAUUCAGGUCAAUAGCAGCAAUGAUUCUACUUCUGUGGAUCUGGGUCCUUCUGAUUGGGGAGUACCACGGAUAUGUGCGCCUCACUAAUCUCAAGUGCGAGAGCUUUGACAAAUCGUACAUUGAUUUUCCCGAGUGCCGACUGAAAGUCCUUGGAAGGGGAAUUAUAGCCGCCAACAUCCAUGUGAAAGUCCUUAAGUUACCAAUAAACCGGAUGGUAACAAGAUUUAUCACUUAUCGGAAACUCAACGGUUACCACCCGUUUCUAUUCAAUGUUUCCAAAGAACUCUGUCGAUCACUGAAGCAUCCAAAUCGUCUAGAUGUCUUCUACUGGUUCUACACCGCUUUUAUGCCCUAUUCCAACCUGAAUCAUACUUGUCCCUUCAAUAGUGAUGUUUACGUAAGGAACUGCACCUUGAACGAUGGUAUGUUUGUGAAGGUUCCAUUACCAAAAGGAACCUACAAGCUAACACUAGAUAUGGAUGAUGGCAUUGAAACGUGGGUCUCCAUUAUAUCCAUAUAUUUCGACAUUGAUGUAGACUAAACAGCGAUUUAACUUGCUUUUGAAUAUUUCCCAAUUCUUUUGAAAUUCGAUAAUAAGAGCUAUCGAACUUUAAGUGUUGUAAAGCGAGGCGUCAGUUCAAAAUGGCAG